GGCGGCCAAGGUUCCACGCUUCCUUUAGGGGACUUUUAACGGGCUUGUUUUUUAGAAUUCACAUGCAUGUACCAUCGUGCCAGCUGGCAUUGGGUAUCAACAGCCCGUCUAUGGGGCAUUUAUCCCUACUUUGCAAAAAUAUGGGAAAUGAUCUGAGCUCGGUACGUGGCCAUGUUAACGUUCUUACACGUGCCUGGCGACCUUGGCGGCCUGUGGCGAUUCCUAUGUACAUGACACUUGCGAGAGCCAUGAAAAUAGUACCACGAAUGUCGUUAGUUUGUUUUUAUGCGUUCAGAGGUUUCUAUGGUACGUCGGUGCACAGAUUCUAUUGUGAAGCGACUUCUGACAUGAUCUCCGUCAAGAGCGCUGGUGAAAUAUCUUCACUAUCGAACUGCUAUGCACAUUCUCUAGCAGGCUCUCUGCUUCUAUUUGUAGCCGAUGUUUCGUGCAACCUGACACGCCGCUCCGCUCGGGCAUCGCCUAGCCAACUCGUGAAACGCAAGCCUGCCAUACUUUUCGAGUAUCACUUGACCACCGCAUCGGUAUGCACGUUGAACUCGCACGAGGCUGCUUCGCUAGUAGGCUGCUUGAAACUUUACACCAUGACAUUUAUACAGAAUUCGAUCUUUACAACUCUCCUCCAUCUCAUUGGUACAUACAUCAAGGUAUACGUGGAUUCCGAACGAUCACUGCUCAAUUGAUGCAUUGCUCAGGUGCUCAGCACUUGCAUUCUCCCGGCUUGCAGGCGCACGAGCUACCGCAACUACAGGUAGUACAUGCCGAGUCAUUGUAAGAAACAGGGACUUCAGUGACAGUGAACAUAUUGGAUGGAUUACUGCUGAUAUCACGUUGUUGUCAAAAGUCUUUUGGGCUUGUGAUG